CUAGUGUGUGUAUUUGUGUUUCCAGUGUUACUGGUUUACCUCUCAGACUUGAGAAGAUGAGUGAUUCAGAAGAAGAAGAGGACAGAUCAAAGUCUCCAGUCUCCAGCUGUCCCUCUAUGGAGAGUGACCGGAGUAAAGGGCAACCUCCAGACUUCAGUAAUGAACCUGGACCCUCAGACACAAAAGAGAAGAGAAAGAGGAGUCAUGUUUCUGAGGAGGAGCAGCCGUCCUGCUGUGCUUUGUGUCAGGACAUCCUGAAGGAUCCGGUCUCUACCAGUUGUGGACACUGGUUCUGCAGACAGUGCAUCACCUCAUACUGGGACCAGUCUGCUUCACCAGGAGACUCCACCUGUCCUCAGUGUGGAGAAAGAUCCAGAACAAGAGCUGAGCUGCAGUCAGCCAGUGAGACCAGCACUGCACAAGCAGCUGGUGGUCUUCAGGAGGUUUUAGAUGAACAUAAGAUCAGUCUGAAGACGAGAUGUGAACAUGUGACUGAAGGAAGUGAUGGAACAGAAAGUGGAACCCUCCUCAACAGGAUCUACACUGAGCUCUACAUCACAGAGGGACAGAGUGAAGAGGUUAAUACCCAACAUGAAGUGAGGCAGCUGGAGAUAACUUCCAAGAAGAAGACCGUCCAUAACACUCCAAUCAAGUGCCAGGACAUCUUUAAAGCCUUACCUGACCAACAGGGACACAUCAGAGUGGUUCUGAUGAACGGCAUCGCUGGCGUUGGAAAAACCUUCUCGGUGCAGAAGUUCAGUCUGGACUGGGCAGAGGGUUUGGAGAACCAAGAUGUCAGUGUGGUGGUUCUGCUUUCGUUCAGGGAGCUGAACUUGAUCAGAGAUGAGCAGUACAGUCUUCUGGAGCUGCUCCAUGUUUUCCAUCCAACAUUACAGAAGGUCCCAGCAGAGAAGCUCACUGACUGUAAACUUCUGUUCAUCUUUGACGGCCUGGAUGAAAGCACACCUUCACUGAAUUUCAACAACAAGACGGUUGUGUCUGAUGUCACACAGAAGUCAUCGGUUAGCGUGCUGCUGACAAACCUCAUCCAGGGGAAUCUGCUUCCCUCUGCUCUCAUCUGGAUAACUUCCCGACCUGCAGCAGCCAAUCAGAUCCCUCCUGCAUGUGUUCACAGGGUGACAGAAAUACGAGGCUUCACUGACGCCCAGAAGGAGGAGUACUUCAGGAGGAGGGUCAGUGAUGAAGAGCGGUCAAGCAGAAUCAUCUCACACAUCCAGACAUCUAGGAGCCUCCACAUCAUGUGUCUGAUCCCAGUCUUCUGCUGGAUCACUGCUACAGUUCUGGACCACAUGUUGACUACAGAGCAGAGAGGAGAGCUGCCCAAGACCCUGACUGACCUGUACUCACACUUCCUGCUGGUUCAGACCAAGAAGAAGAAGAAGCAGAAGUAUGCUGAGAGACAUGAGACGAGUCCAGAGGAGCUGAUGGAGGCUGACAGAGAAGUUCUUCUGAAGCUGGGGAGGCUGGCGUUUGAACAGCUGCAGGAAGGAAACAUCAUGUUCUACCAAGAAGACCUAGAGCGCUGUGGUCUGGAUGUCACAGAGGCCUCGGUGUACUCAGGAGUUUGUACAGAGAUCUUCAAAACAGAGAGUGUGAUCUUCCAGAAAACAGUCUACUGCUUCGUUCAUCUGAGCGUUCAGGAGUUUCUGGCUGCAGUCUACCUGUUCCACUGUUACACCACCAGGAACACAGAGGUACUGAGGACUUUCUUUGGGAGAGACUGGUAUAAUCAAUCAUCCCUGGAUGACUUCUUGAGGAGAGCCAUGGUGAAAUCCCUAGAAAGUAAAAAUGGUCACCUGGACCUUUUUGUCCGCUUUCUCCAUGGCCUCUCUCUGGAGUCCAACCAGAGACUGUUAGGAGGCCUGCUGGGUCAGACAGACAACAGACCGAAAAUCCUCCAGAGAGCCAUUGAUAACCUGAAGGUGAUGAACAUGCACAAUAUGUCUCCUGACAGAAGCAUCAACAUCUUCCACUGUCUGACAGAGAUGAACGACCUCUCAGUACAUCAGGAGAUCCAACAGUUCCUGAAGUCAGAGAACAGAUCAGAGAAGGAACUCUCUGAGAUCCAAUGCUCAGCUCUGGCUUACAUGCUGCAGAUGUCAGAGGAGGUUUUGGAUGAGCUGGACCUGCAAAAGUUCUACACAACAAAUCAGGGACGAAGGAGGCUGAUUCCAGCUGUGAGGAACUGCAGAAAGGCUCGGCUUUGUGGAAAAACUCACUGUGACGUCGUGGCCUCAGCUCUAAAGUCCAACCCCUCCCACCUGAGAGAGCUGGACCUGAGUGGAAACAACCUGGAUGAUUCAGAAGUGAAGCAGCUGUGUGAUGGACUUCAGAGCCCAAACUGUAAACUGGAGACUCUGAGAUUGAGAUGGUGCAAUUUGUCAGAGCACAGCUGUGCUUCUCUGGCCUCAGCUCUGAAGUCCAACCCCUCCCAUCUGAGAGAGCUGGACCUGAGAGACAACAAGCUGCAGGAUUCAGGAGUGAAGAAGCUGUGUGAUUUUCUGGAGAAUCCACACUGCAGACUGGAGACUCUGAGAUUGAGUCGCUGCAGUUUGUCAGAGAUCAGCUGUGCUUCUCUGGCCUCACCUCUGAAGUCCAACCCCUCCCACCUGAGAGAGCUGCAGCUGAGUCUCAACGAGCUGCAGGAUUCAGGAGUGAAGCAGCUGUGUGAUUUUCUGGAGAGUCCACACUGCAGACUGGAGACUCUGGGAUUGGAUGGCUGCAAUUUGACAGAGAUCAGCUGUUUUUCUCUGGCCUCAGCUCUGAAGUCCAACCCCUCCCAUCUGAGAGAGCUGGAGCUGAGCUUCAACGAGCUGCAGUAUUCAGGAAUAAAGCCACUCUCUGAUCUUGUGGAGAGUCCAAACUGCAGACUGAAGACUUUGGGAUUUUGUAACUGCAGUUUGCCAGGGAUCAGCUCUCCUUCUCCGCUCUCACCUCUGAAGUCCAAAGUUUUCCAUCUGAGAGAGCUGCAGCUGAAUGACAAAGACCUGCAGGAUUCAGGAGUGAAGCAGCUCUCUGAUCAUGUGGACAAUUCAAACUGCAGACUGGAGACUCCUAGGACCGAUGGCAUGUUGAUCAAAGCUGAGAAACCAAAACAAAGUGAGGAGAGAGUCCCAGCAGAGGACAGCAUCCAAGCAGAUGAUGAUUGAAACUGAAGGCUUUGGUGGGGCUCUAAAUUGGCUUUACCUGAUGGUGGCUGACAAUGUGUGUAUAGGCCCAUUGCAAAAGAAAAUCUGGCCAGACGCAGCUGUCAGCCUUCUUGUCAAUGAUUCAAUAGUUAAAAGUUGGACUUGGUCUUUCACUUCAUCAGUAAUAUAAAUUGAAGUGAUAACAUUUUGUUGACAAUUUCCAACACAUUUAUGCCUAUUUUCUGCACAGCAUUCUGUUAAAUGAAAGUGGGUUGUUGCAUCUUAAAGUACUUUCUGCCUUUUUUCUACCAGGCUGAUUUUUGAACAGGCUAAUUACUGAAGAAAAACUUUACCGAUAUUACAGAGGUACAUUGGAUACACUUAACAUCACGCAAACUAUGCAACAUGAAAUACAUAAAUAAUCAAGUUAUUGUGCUACAUGAAGCUUAGAGAAGUAAUAUUGCUGCUUAU